UUCCCUCCAGGUCAAGGAUUAAAAGCUGCCCAUACAAGGGUCAGGCCUCCAGCAGACCCUGAAAGCUGAGCUGCCCUGACCCCCGAAGUGAGGAGAAGCUGCAAGGGAAAAGGGAGGGACAGAUCAGGGAGACCGGGGAAGAAGGAGGAGCAGCCAAGGAGGCUGCUGUCCCCCCACAGAGCAGCUCGGACUCAGCUCCCGGAGCAACCCAGCUGCGGAGGCAACGGCAGUGCUGCUCCUCCAGCAGAGGACGGCAGGCAGGCAGAGAGGCAGAGGUCCUGGGAUUGGAAGGCCUCAGCCCCCAGCCGCUGGGCUGGGUCUGGCCCAAUGGCCUUUAAUGACCUCCUGCAGCAGGUGGGGGGUGUCGGCCGCUUCCAGCAGAUCCAGGUCACCCUGGUGGUCCUCCCCCUGCUCCUGAUGGCUUCUCACAACACUGUGCAGAACUUCACCGCUGCCAUCCCCACCCACCACUGCCGCCCACCUGCCAACGCCAACCUCAGCAAGGACGGGGGGCUGGAGGCCUGGCUGCCCCGGGACAGGCAGGGGCAGCCUGAGUCCUGCCUCCGCUUCACCUCCCCGCAGUGGGGACCGCCCUUUCCCAAUGGCACAGAAGCCAAUGGCACGGGGGCCACAGAGCCCUGCACCGAUGGCUGGAUCUAUGACAACAGCACCUUCCCAUCUACCAUCGUGACUGAGUGGGACCUCGUGUGCUCUCACAGGGCCUUACGCCAGCUGGCCCAGUCCUUGUACAUGGUGGGGGUGCUGCUCGGAGCCAUGGUGUUCGGCUACCUUGCAGACAGGCUAGGCCGCCGGAAGGUACUGAUCUUGAACUACCUGCAGACAGCUGUGUCAGGGACCUGUGCAGCCUUCGCACCCAACUUCCCCAUCUACUGCGCCUUCCGGCUCCUCUCGGGCAUGUCUCUGGCUGGCAUCGCCCUCAACUGCAUGACACUGAAUGUGGAGUGGAUGCCCAUCCACACACGGGCCUGCGUGGGCACCUUGAUUGGCUAUGUCUACAGCCUGGGCCAGUUCCUCCUGGCCGGUGUGGCCUAUGCUGUUCCCCACUGGCGCCACCUGCAGCUGCUGGUCUCUGUGCCUUUUUUUGCCUUCUUCAUCUACUCCUGGUUCUUCAUCGAGUCGGCCCGCUGGCACUCCUCCUCCGGGAGGCUGGACCUCACCCUGAGGGCCCUGCAGAGAGUUGCCCGGAUCAAUGGGAAGCGGGAAGAAGGAGCCAAGUUGAGUAUGGAGGUACUCCGGGCCAGUCUGCAGAAGGAGCUGACCAUGGGCAAAGGCCAGGCAUCGGCCAUGGAGCUGCUGCGCUGCCCCACCCUCCGCCACCUCUUCCUCUGCCUCUCCAUGCUGUGGUUUGCCACUAGCUUUGCAUACUAUGGGCUGGUCAUGGACCUACAGGGCUUUGGAGUCAGCAUCUACCUAAUCCAGGUGAUCUUUGGUGCUGUGGACCUACCUGCCAAGCUUGUGGGCUUCCUUGUCAUCAACUCCCUGGGUCGCCGGCCUGCCCAGAUGGCCGCACUGCUGCUGGCAGGCAUCUGCAUCCUGCUCAAUGGGGUGGUACCCCAGGACCAGUCCAUUAUCCGAACCUCUCUUGCUGUGCUGGGGAAGGGUUGUCUGGCUGCCUCCUUCAACUGCAUCUUCCUGUACACUGGGGAACUGUAUCCCACAAUGAUCCGGCAGACAGGCCUGGGGAUCGGUAGCACCAUGGCCCGAGUGGGCAGCAUCGUGAGCCCGCUGGUGAGCAUGACCGCCGAGCUCUACCCCUCCGUGCCUCUCUUCAUCUACGGUGCUGUUCCCGUGGCCGCCAGCGCUGUCACCGUCCUCCUGCCAGAGACCCUGGGCCAGCCACUGCCAGACACGGUGCAGGACCUGGAGAGCAGGAAAGGGAAACAGACGCGACAGCAACAAGAGCACCAGAAGUAUAUGGUCCCGCUGCAGGCCUCAGCACAAGAGAAGAAUGGACUCUGAGGACUGAGAAGGGGCCUUACAGAACCCUAAAGGGAGGGAAGGUCCUACAGGUCUCGGGCCACCCACACAAGGAGGAGGAAGAGGAAAUGGUGACCCAAGUCCAGGGCCUGUGGUUCAGGAAAGCACAUUCCCAGGGGUCCACCUCCCUUUAUAAUCCCCACCAAAACCACAUCAUUAAAAGGUUUGACUGC